UACACAUCGGAUCAACCCGACUAAUAGAACGUUUACUAUAGUUUACUCUUAUCGGUGAAUUAAGAAAAAAUUAAAAUCUUUAUAUUGUUUAUACUUGAAUCUACUUUGGUUGUGCUUUGUUUUUGUUUUCUUCAAAUAGAUAAUGUUUGUUUUAUUCUCUGAGGAACUUUAAAAUAACUCACCUUCACCUCAACCUGAAUAAGAUUGUUUUGGUUAUUUGUUGUUGUUAAUAUUUAUGUUUGGAUAAAUAUGUUUCAUUGUUUAACAUAUUGUUCAAUUGGUCAACUUCAAAAGUAAAGUUUGAAACGAAUUAAGAAUUCAAAAGACUGUGGCGUGCGUUUCUGUUGUAUUGCUAUGAAUGACAGAGGGUCAAAGAGGCCAGAAAGAAGUUGUGAUAAAAAACAAACAAAAAGUACCUAAGAAAUGAGCAAUUACAUUUUAUUAAUUUAAAGUCUAAUAAAUCAUUUUACAGCAGUUAGAUUAAAGGAGAAAUCAAUAAAAUACAUGACUUAUGGGUCAAUGUACCUGGUUUUCUUGUGGUUCAAUAACCAAUAGCACACAAGAGUUGCUAAAUUUUACUUAAUUUAUAAGACAUUAAUCUUGUGUCACGGAAACAGUACUCUUUUCAUUAUCCAAGGUGGCGUUUUCAAGAAAAGACUGCUUCCCAGUGCUUGAAGACUUGACGAAGAAUAGUCCCAAAAAUGACUGAGGCCAGAAAAAAUAGUGUUUGUGCGGAGAGCACGAGUUCAAUUGGAUCUUUUCAAUUUGGUUUGGAUGCUAUUUUGGUGCGCAUUGGGGUAUUUGGAAAGUUUCAACUAUUUAACUAUUUGCUAAUAUGCAUUCCUAUGCUAUUCAGAGGAAUCUUCAUUGAAUCUUAUAUCUUUCUGGCAAGUUCAGUAGUUUAUAGGUGUCGAGUACCGGAAUGUGAUGGCCCUAAUAGUACAUACCAAGAACCAUGGACGGAGUUUUCAAUACCGACAACUUCUAGCGGGGAUUUAAGUGAUUGCUUGCGAUAUGUUCCAUUCAAUCGAAGUUCUGUUCAAGACUUCUGCUUUGCUCAGAACUUUGAUCAGAGCACCAAGGAGAGAUGUGGAAUGGAUUUUAUAUUUCGUGACAAGGAAGUGACAAUAUCCAAUGAUUUUGGAAUUUAUUGCUCUGACGAAUGGAAAUUGUCGAUGGUUGGGACGGUUCACAACCUUGGCAAGUUCAUUGGAAUUCCUUUGGGAGGAUAUGUUUCUGACAGAUAUGGUCGACGCACAAUAUUGGCUGUAGGAGGAUUUCUGAGUGCCAUUGUUGGAGUCAUUCGAUCUUUCUCCAUGAAUUACUACAUGUUCCUGAGUCUUGGAUUCCUGGAUAAUGUCUUUAGUGGAACACUCUAUGCAACUAUUUUCAUUCUGGGCCUCGAGUUGGUUGGUCAAAAAGCACGGGUUCUAAGUUGUACGCUGCUCACGGUAUUCACUGUUUUUGGGAAAGUCAGUCUCGCAAUUGCGGCUAAAAUGUAUCCGAAUUGGCGAACAAUUCUUCAAAUAUUCUACACUCCUGCCUUGGCUCAUAUCAUUCUGUUAUGGAUUCUUCCCGAAAGUGUACGAUGGCUGCUUUCACAAGGUGAAGAAGUGAAGGCAGCUCAAAUUCUGCAAAAAGCUGCCCAUGUCAAUAAACGAAAACUAUCGGAUCUGACUAUAGAACGAUUACUCGUGGAUAAUAGGCAGAAAUUAUCCGAAGAAAAAAGUACAUUUCCGAUUCGGCAAUGCUUCAAAGCAUUAUUUUGGCGAAUUUUUAACUGUGCAUUAUGUUGGUUCACUCAUGUUCUAGUGUACUAUGGAUUGAGUUUGAAUUCGAUUUCACUUGGAGGGAAUAAGUAUGAUAAUUUUAUGUUAAUGUCACUGAUUGAAAUUCCUGGACUUGUGAUGCCCUUUUGGACAAUGGAUCGAUUUGGAAGGCGAUAUUCAUUAUUUGGUUGUUUGAUCGUUUGUGGAAUUUGUUUAUCAGCAACUAUUUUGGUUGAAUCAAAUGUGUAUGGUCUACAGUUGGCGUUGUUUUUAAUUGGAAAAUUAUCCAUCACAGCAUCUUUUCAAGUUUUAUAUUUCUUUACGUCAGAAAUAUUUCCGACAAAUGUUCGAAAUAGUUUAUUAUCAUUUUGUUCGAUGUUCGGAAGAAUCGGUUCGAUGGUGGCACCUCAAACACCACUCAUGGCAAAAUACUUCCAAUCUGGUCCAGCAAUUCUUUUCUCAGCAUGUGCCUUCAUAUCGGCUUUUAUUGCGCUGUCAUUUCCUGAAACGACUGAUGCUAUUUUACCAACAACCAUGCAUGAGGCUGAAGAUAUCGGUCAAAAACGAAAACAUAUAGAUUCUGAAAAUAAUAGCAUACCACAUCAGGAACACAAAAUUUAUAGCGUGUCUUUUUCUAGUUCUAGUUCGUGAUAAAAUUUGUCUUUGUACAUUAACAUUGAAAGUGAGUUCAAAACAUAGUGAAAUAGAUAAAAUAAAUUAUAUUAGACAAUAAUUUGUUAUUAAAUGUAUAUAUAAAUUGACCUCUUUACUAACAAUAAAAAUUACCCUGUUAAUGUUU